CUGAGUGGAACUGUGGCGGGGAGAGGACGCUUACGUUCUUCCCCUAGUGAUAAACCAUGGAGCUUUCGUUAGUGGGUGAUAGGGUGUAUGCCGCAGAAUGCAUACAGAAGAAGAGAGUGAGGAGGGGGCGGGUGGAGUAUCUGGUCAAGUGGAAGGGCUGGUCCAACAAACACAACACAUGGGAGCCGAUCGAGAACAUCCUGGACCACCGCCUUCUGGAGGCCUUUGAGGAGAGCCAACGAGAGGCCGGCGGCGGGGCCAGGCGAGGCCCGAAGCCUAAGCACAGGACGAGGGAGCACCUGAGUCGGGAGGCCACGAGACACAGCAGCAGCGCGCACUCGCUGGUGGAGAGAGAGGCGGAGCGCAGCAACAGCAGCAGCAGCAGCAGCCGCGUGGAGCUCGACACGGCCACGGAGGAGGAGGACUUCGACGACCACACGGACGCCGAGACGACCACAACCAGCGCCACCACCACAGUAACUACCCCCACCACCACCACCACUCCGUCGUCGUCGUCAUCGUCGUCUUCGGGCACGACCACCAACACGACCUCCACCGCCACCGCGUGCAGCCCCACCGCCCCGCCCCCCCAGAGCGGGAAGCGCAAGGUGGAGCCGCUUCGGGACGGGAAAGUGGGCGUGUCUAUCACCAAAGACAACAGCGACAGCCCGCCCUCCAAGCUCGCCCGCCUCGCCUCGCCCAAGUCCCCUUCGCACGCCCGCGACGACCAACACAAGUCUCCCAAAACGCCGCAGUCCGCGGGCGUGCCGUCCUCCCCGACGUCUCCCGCCCCACACACGCCCAAGAUACCCAAGAGUCCGCCGGCGACGCCCACGCCCGCGCAGGAGGCAGUGAAGGGCAUCCCCGAGACGCCCGAGUCGCCGGCCUCGACGCCGCACGUCAACGGCGACGCGAAGGAGGAGCCGCCGGCCGAGAAGAAGGAGACGGUCAAGGAGGACCACGAGGAGGGCGUCUACGAGGACGGCGACGAGGAGGAGGAGGAGGAGGAGGAGGAGGAGGAAGAGGUGCUGGUGGCGCCCGACCCGACCUACUGGUACCAGCGGAACCCCCUGGCGGACGAGAUCUUCAUCACCGACGUGACAGCCAACCUGAUCACGGUGACCAUCCGCGAGUGCAAGACGCGCCAGGGCUUCUUCAAGGGCUCCACGGACGAGAACCAGAACUCGCAGUCGUCCAUCAAAUGAUCGGGCUCGGUGCUCGUCGUCAGAGGAAAAUUGUACAACUUAGUGAAUCACUCGCUAUAAGUGUUUUGUGCAUCCCCACGAAGAUAUUUUGCAUAAUUAUGCGAAUAGAAAAAUGUGAUUUUGGAAGUGAUAUUCCCCCGAUGCGGAGCUGGUGCCUCCCUCUAGCUACAUUCGUUCUGUCUUGUCUGCAAACCCAACACUGACGCCUGUCUGUCAGUGGCUGCUGCGUCGCCGUUUCUUUGAUUCUUUUGAAGGAUUGUUACAUUAGCUGCCAGAAAAUGUCAUCCCAGCAAAGUGUUGCCUUGAUGUCCGUGUAAAGGGCCUGGUCAUUAACAAAAGUUAGUCUUCCAGUACUGGUGGUUGGCAAGGGACUUGUACUUGUGUGUGAAGCGCAAGUAUGGGCAAAGACUAUACAUAAUGUGUAUAUUGGCUAGAUUAGAAAUUUGUUAUUAAUUUCAUUCGGUUGUGGGUGUAGAAACGAGUUCAUUCUAUAUUUAAUGUUAAUGAGUUCACAGCAGUUUUGGGACCAGAUAUUUUAGUGGUAUUUAAAUUUGUUGAAUGUUGUGUAAUGCACCUAUAUUGAAAUACUGUGUAUGAGAGAAUGCGAAGCGCACCGAGGAGGAAAUCUGGUGUGAAACGAUCCCGAGUUUUGUAAUAUAUCUUCAGGCAGGAUCCACUGAUGCACUCUACAAGUGAAACGUGCUGUGUCCCAGUGUCCUUAUGAAAUACAAUUAUGCAUUCUUGUCAUUACUUUGGCACGGCCAGGGAGAGGACUUUUACGGGGGGUUGAGGCGCUGACCCCCGGCCAGACUGCUUCCGGGUAAAGAGGUCGACCACACAAGGCAGGUCCUAGCGCCGUCUCGAAGAAGAAGAAGAAGAAGAGGAGGAGGAGGAGGAGGAGGAGGAGGAGGAGGAGGAGCAAGAGCCAGGGCACGAGGAAAAGAGGAGCAAGAAGCCUUAGGAUGUCGCUGUGAGGAUCCCUGACAAUAAGGAGGCGUCGAGUCCGUGGUGCGAGUGCCGUGGGGUGUGCUGUGCCGAUCUGGCGUCCCGGCGGAAGAGGAGAGUUGCAGUGCCCGGCGGGAGUCCCAGCGGCGCGGUGCGUGCCCUCCGAGUGCCGUCGGCUGAUCGUUGGAUCCGCGGUCGGUCUCACGACCCACCGCCCUGUCCAGGCACUUGAUCCGUGGCGCCUUCAGGUCGUGCUUGGCCCUCGUGUGCUCCAGCUCCUCCGGCCGGAGCGAAUGGAGCGCUUUUAUCUGAGCGGAAUAAUUUGAUUAUAAUUAUAUUUUUAUUACUUCUCUGUACUAAGGAUCCAGAUUGCUCAGAUCCGAACACGAGGCCAAAUGGAAGUGAUGUAUUUAUUGCUGAAAUAGUUCGGUCUUGGAUUCGAGCCGAAGGACGCGGCGCGCGACGGCUGUUCGCCGGCCAAGAGGAUAGGCGAGGCGAGACUCCAGGCCCCCAUAUGCAGUUAGAUAGUAAUGAAGAAUAAAGGAUGUGCGAGAAACGGGACUGUGGCCGCUCCCAAGGUCGCUGCGCCUCGUGCCGACGCGCCCGCCCGCUGGGACUUUCGCCGGACGCCCGGGCGCGCGCGCGCAUGCACCUUGGUGGUCCUGCUCGCUGUUGUCAUAUAAAGUACCUUAUUUUUCCACGGUAGCUUUAAGGCCACAGUCCCGCGUCUUCAUUCCAUUAUUAAUUCUCUUUUCUCUUCUCUCCUCUUCCCCCUUCCCCCUUCCCCCUUCCCCCUUCCCCCUUCCCCCUUCCCCCUUCCCCUAUCUCUUUCUCUUUCCCCGACCUCGUGUAUGCUGAAUACGAUUGACGUGUUGUGACUGACCGUGGUGACCAAGCUGCGUCCUCCUGCGUGGCGGACUGCUCGACCCUCGUCUCAGCGGCGGAAGCAUGAAGUCUGCAUUCCCCGUUCAUUAUGCUUACGUUUCUUCUCUCUAUGCUGUCCUUUUGUAUGCUGAACUUCGCCCAAGUCAUGUAUUUACAUUCUGAUGAAAUAUUCCUAUGUAUUUGCUUCCUGAAAAAUAUGCCCCUGUCUCCAGUCAUAAUAUACUUUAUAUAUCUAUAGAUGCAUUCCCUAGGGACGUGUGAAUAUAUAUUCUUUAGGAUGUGUGUUUUAUGUUUUUUUCUGAUUUUAUGUAUAUGUUUGAAUAUUUUGAUGGGUGCACCGAAACUGUGUGAAAGCCGAGGUUAUGUGGUUGAUGCGUGCUUGUCGAUACCUCUUAACGUUGCACAUCUUCAUUUUCGUGAUGAGUUUGAGUGGCGAUUGAAAUGUCAUGGCCCUGCAUGGCCACGGCUUGCCAGUGCAUGUAGUACCUGUUGUCAGCGUCUUUGCCCCGUCGCCUGCUUUCUGUGUGUGGCCCUUUGUCCCCCCCCCUUUCUUUCCCAUCGACGCGGAUUCCCUCCUUGCAAGAUGUGUCCCGCUUCCUCUCACCCCUGUCACCUCACGGGACUGUUUGCUCUCGUUUGAACGUAGUUUGUCUUUAUGAAUAUUCAACAUCGCACUUCAAGUGUUUUUGCUUCCAUUCUUUCCCAAUAGGUUUUGGUGUUAACGUAUCAUGUUAUAUUUCCAUUUAAAAACAAGGCACCCUUCAUGUACAUCAUCUCGUCACUGCUUAAGUUUAUUACUGUUAUUAUUAUUGUUAUAUAUUUUAGAGUACCGAGAGCCGCCUUCUCAGUACUGUUAUGGGUAAUGAAAUGAGGUAAAUAAAACAUGCACAUACCAUGCAACCACAAAUACAGUGUUGUCUAGUCUAAAACUAUCCGUAUCUGGAAGGAUGAUCACAACGGUGAAAAGAAAUCGGACAUGCCCGUUUAAAGACCAUAUCGUGUGUCAUUGUGGUCGGGAGACUAAUGUUGAUUCGUUUUAGGAUGCCUCGCUGCCUGAAGGGGUUCAGUUACAGCGUAUUGUAAAAGAUGAAUUUCCGACCGGGUGUUUGGAAUACUUGUCACUCCCUUUGCCUCGAUCUUGGGAUUAUUGCUUAUCUAGUCAGUCAGCCAUGGGGAGAAAUAAACUAAGGAAGCGGCAACCCGUGAUUCGGCUGCAGUUAUGGGCGCAGCAGAGCAGAAAGGGCAGAGUUGUCCGCCAGCAGUGGUCCUCCGGCCGUGCAUGUGGCGUGUGCAUCCGGCGCUGCUGGCCACGUGGGGAGCGGGCGAGGGGGGGGGAGGUGCAUUAGCCCUGCGACUGUUCAGCGCAGGUGUACAGACGAGCGAUUCUCCGUGGGAUUGCAGAUCAACAUUAGUUUAGAUCGAAAAAUAGUGCAGGGUACAAGCAAACGUUAUUGCGUGACAAAUGUAAACUAGUACACGAGUUCAUAUCAGAUUUGGGUGAAAAUGAAAACGGCCAUCAGAUUAUCCGAAUAGUCAAAUAUGAAUAACAGCUUCUAGAAGUUGCCAUUGCAAGUUUUGAGAAUUCAUGUAGUUUGAAUCGGUUGCACAAAUUGUGGGAAUGACGCGGCGGGUGGCAGUGCGGGAUCCGCGACGGGUACUGGCGAGUCGCGUUUGAAAGCUGCCGUGCGUGCGUGUGUGUGUUGCCGUGUCUGCCAGACGCCCCACCUCCCACCGCCCACCUCGCAUCCCGCAGACCCGCGCCACGUUGUAACAGCGCCAACUUAUCGUGGUGCGAUUUGAUCUGGGAUGGGCACGCGGGGGCAGGUCCCCGGUCCACGCUGUGCGCGGUGCACUCGGUGCUUCCCGUAAAAAGUUAUGGGAAGGGCGUUUCUUAGAAUAAACGACCCGACGUUGGAAAGUCAGGUGCUGCGGGUGAGAAUGCACCGAGUUAGUGCCCGCGGCGGGCGCGAGGGCGUGCCGAGGUGUCAUACACGAGACUCCAUCAUUACCCUCCGCCGAAUGCCUACUCCUAACGUACUGUUCGAACAGUGCAAGGCCAGCUCCUCAGGGUUAACCCUGCAUGGCCCGCCCGCCCGCGCCGAGGAGGCAUGUCGCCUGAAAUCCGUUACUGGUCGGGAAUUGAAGCAAUUAAGCGUCAGGCAGGGAUGGAUUCAGGUUUCAAUUUAAGCCUCGUAACCGUCUUGGCGGCGAAGGUGGCUGUGUUUGCUUGCGGGCUCUGUGAGGUUGAUUAAAACACAAUGCACGUCUGUGGCCACCUGUCCAUACAAGGCAGGAGCCCCCUCCUCCCGUGGCCCAAGGCCAGCGUAGGACUUUCAGUGUGACUGGCAUACUAGCUGCAUUUUGAAUCAAGGGCCGUUAUGAAGCGCAGCCCGGGUGCUCGCUGCACCUGCCUCAGGACGGGGGGCGGGGGGGGGGGGGGAUCUUGAAGAGCUUCUUGCCCCAGAGGAGCGGCGGCGGCGCGGGCGGACUCGCUGCGCCUCGACCCCGGCAGCCGUGAAUGUGCAUAUUCAAGCAAGCAGUGACUAGGGGAAGCAGCCCAGCCGGCCGAACAUGCGGCAGGAUCAUGCUGAGCUGCCCAUCAUCGCGAUGGCUCUUGAGUCUGCUGGCCCCUCCCCAGCGCGAAGUGCUUGUCAUGCGGGCGCGAAUUUCCGAAAUGAAGCGCUGUCUCUGUUUUAAGCAGUGCAAAGGAGGCCACAGGCGCAAGGCGAGGGAACCUGUAGGCUUGCGAUCGAGGGAACCCGGUAACAUGUCUCGCGGCGACCCAGUCAUGCACGAGUGAGUCGUGGCAGGCAGGUCCGCCUCACGUCUACGGCAUUUCUUAUCGCUGGGCAGAGUAGCUUGUCAUGGCAAUUCAACCGCUUUGGCAACACUUCGAACAUUUGAAUUUGUCUGCACUGCCUGGCCGCCGCGCGCUGUGGGCAGGGCGACGUACACUCAAGGUGUCCCUCGGGGUGCCUCGGCCUUGGAGGAUUUCCUUGGAGGACAAAUUCAUACUGGUCUUCCUUGCCCUGCAAGCCUUUGGCUUCGGACACGCUUGCCUCUUCGGUUCUCAUUUGGCCGUCAGCUGUGAUCGCCCUCUUCCUCUUUUCCUUUUUUCAAUGGUCUAUGAUACUUUGUCACUUUAAUUCACUGUCUUUUUACUAUUGUUUUUGUUGUCUGCAGAUCACUCCCUUGUUCUCUCUGCCCUCCCCGCCAUAUUCUGCUUAUGCAUGCUCCUAACCGUUCUCCCUCCUCCGUGUCCUCCACACGCUUCGGCCCCUUCAUUCUCUCCGUUUCACAUCUGCGUCGUGGGUGCGGUGUUCGUCCCCCCCCCCUCACCCUCAACCUCACCCAUGUGUCCUGUUUACCCCGCGCGUGUGGCUGUGAGCGAGAGAGGAAUACAUUGAGUAAUGACCUAUUUCUGUGUUCGGUGCGGCUUCACGGCGAGUGAGUGCGUAGUGUGUUGUGCAGGAAAUAACACUGCACAAUUUCUUACAUGUAGAUGUCUGCGCUCGUGAAUGUUGAAAUAUUGUAAUAUGUAGUUUCCAGUGAACGUUUAUUUAAUGUAUAUAGUGCCAGCUGUGACCAAAUGAAGUGUGAUAGUUUCAUUCUAUGCGUGUCUCUGCCCGCUGAAGCAAGAUCAUGAGCCGCCCUGUGUAGGGCACAAGUGUUUGGAUUAUGUAAAUGUCUGUUUUCGCGCGUGCGUGUUUGUGUAUCCUGUAAUCAAGGUCGCAUGCAAGUAAGAGUGUCGGCGUCACGCCCCCAGUGUUUGUUGGUCUUGUUUGCCCCAAGUCAGUAACGUGUAAGUGAAACGGAUAUGCCCCUCCCCCCCCCCCCCGAGGACUCCCGUGGCGAGCGCACCAACAAGGUCGUGUGACGCGCGCCUUCCGGGAGACGGGCCUCUGUUCGUCUGAUUUAAUGCGCAUUGAGAGAGUGGCUUUAUUCAUGUGAUUUGGCUGCGGACGUUUGUCGAAAUGAGAACGCCGAGUGAUGUGGCCCGGAAUGAGGAUCCAUUCGUCGUGACUGAGUGUGAGGCAGAGUGAGUGGCAGUGCGCGUGGUUACGAGGCUGAAAGCGAGUCGGCGAUGGAGCUUCUGGUGUGUAGAGAGAUCAAGAAAGUGUCGCGAUUUCUCGUGGUAAUAUACGUGACUUAAUGACAAUAUAUAUGACGCGGCAAGUGACGCCGUGUCCCCGACUCCCUCUUUCAUCCCUGUUCCUCCUCUCCCUCCGGUAUCGGAAGGCCACGCGAGGGCUGGCGUCAGAUCAUGGCAACAUGGCUGAUGCUGCGAAUGCAAUUAAAAUCCCAGAAUCCGUAGAGAGACUGGAGCGGCCCCGCGCCCAAGUUCCCUGCCCGCCAAGUAGGGCAGGAGGCGGGGAGCCGCUUGGCGGGGCCGCGGCUGGAGGGGUCGCCGUUGUAUCACUGACCCAUUUCGUCUCCCAAGUUAAAUGUAUGAUAUUUUUGUCUUGAUAAUAGCUACUGAUGACUGUAUAAGCAAGUGACUGGCCAAAGUCCUGUACAAAUUGUAAUAUAAAUUCACGGUUAUAAUUAAUAAUGAUGCUUAUGUAAAUAGAUAUUUUCCUGUA